AUGGCCGACUCCGCCGCCGCUAAGAAGACUUUUACCAUUGGUACGCGCAAGUCAAAACUUGCCUUGCUACAAACCGAUUUAGUGCAAGCCGCUCUCAAGGAAGCCUAUCCUGACUAUGAAUUCAAGAUCUUCUCCAAGGAGACGGCCGGCGACCUGAACACCACCAUUGCUCUUAAAGACUUUACCUCCAAAAACCUAUGGACAGAAGAGCUCGAGGAAUUGAUGAUUGCAGGUCGAGUUGACUUCAUUGUCCACUCUCUCAAAGAUGUCCCCACCCUCCUUCCCGCCACCUGUACCCUAGGACCGAUGAUGCCCCGCGAAGAUAGCAGAGAUGUUUUCGUCGUGAAGCAAGGGCUGCCCUAUAAGAGUCUUGCGGAGCUCCCCGCCGGCUCCGUCGUCGGAACCUCUUCCAUUCGCCGAACGGCCCAAUUGGCGCGUAAAUACCCUCACUUGAAGGUUUUGGACAUUCGUGGCAAUAUCGGAACCCGUUUGUCAAAAUUGGAUGCUGAAGAUAGCCCAUACACCUGCGCCAUACUUGCUGCGGCUGGUCUGCUGCGUCUGGACCUACAGGACCGUAUUACCCAGUACCUUGACUCAAAGAACAGCGGCAUGCUCUAUGCAGUCGGUCAGGGUGCCCUAGGUAUUGAAGUUCGCAAGGCGGAUACCACAUUGCUGGACAUGUUGAAAACUAUCGGCCACCAGGAGACAACCUUUUCCUGUUUGGCUGAGCGGAGUCUUCUGCGAACCCUUGAAGGUGGCUGCAGUGCUCCCCUUGGAGUUGAAAGCGAAUGGGUUGCUGGUAAAUUACGGAUGCGUUCAGUGGUUGUUAGUGUGGAUGGAAAGCAAUGUGCGCAGGUUGAAGUUGACGGGGAGGUGGAUUCACCUGAAAGCGCCGAAGCCUUUGGCGUCACAGUAGCCAAGGCCCUGGUGGCAGAUGGCGCUGAUAAGAUUCUCGAGGAGAUCCAGCAGAACAAGCUGACCAAGGAGAGUGUUGCGUCCUAA